AUGGUUGGUUGCAACGAGUUCAAUCUUGAAGCUCCCUGUAAGCUUUUAUCUUGGAGUUUUUGCCACAAAUUAACUCUCACUCUCUUUUCUCCUUCUUUAGAUGAAGAUUCCAGUGGAACCAUUGAUUGCGAGGAACUGAACAAAUGCUUGGAUAAAUUGCAACUUCGAUUGACAAAAGAGGAGGUUGAGGAUUUGUUUCGUUCAUGUGAUAUCAACGGGAGCCAAGGGAUACAAUUUAGCGAGUUUAUUGUGCUUCUAUGUCUCAUCUAUCUCCUAAUGAAACCUUCCUCCUCUCCUGAUAAUACAUUGAAGAUGAAUUCUCAACAGCUUGAGACCACUUUCGCUACUAUUAUUGAGGCAUUCCUGUUUCUUGAUAAGAAUGGUGAUGGAAAAAUGAACAAAAAAGACAUGAUGAAGGCAUUAAAUGAAACUUCUCCAUGGGAACGAUCCCUUGCACGUAUUACUCGGACUAGAUUCAAAGAAAUGGACUGGGAUAAGAAUGGAAAAUUCAGCUUCAGAGAGUUCCUCUUUGCUUUUAUUGACUGGGUUGGGAUCGAAAGCGAUGAUGAAGAAGAAAUACCGGACUCAAUAAGCUAAGGACACUCGAAGGCGCUGC